ACAAACCCACAGAGGCAGAGCUGUGAAGCUCUCCCCAGAAAGCUGACUUACGCUAAACCUCUCCACCGCUUCUCGUCACACCGCGUCUGGGUCUGCUGUGACUGCUGCCUCCAGAUGAACUAGACCCAGUUGCCAGGACUGCUUUGGCCUGUAUGUGCAGCUGUCUCUGGUUACCUUUACAGCUUUUGGAUUUUUUGUGUUCUCAAUUAUAUAAUUGUUCUAAUGUGCUGAAAAAGAAGUCUAUCUGAAAAAGCCAGGAACACAGAACACAGCUCUUCUUUUUUUCUUCCUUUGUCUUGUCUAGGAUAAUUGACUUCUUUAGCAUUUAUUUUCAACAGCCUGUUUCAGCUUCCUGCCUCUGCUGUGUUUCCACCUUUGGAUGGGGCAGGAGUUGAGCUGUGGCAUCUGGCAGAAGCCAGCUUUAACGUGGGAUUUAUCCUGAAUAAAAUACUUGCAGAAGAAAAAGAAACGUCAUUUGACUCAUUGAAGAUUUAAAACCAACAGAGCCAUGUGGGAGAAAAUGAAAUUUUAGUCUCAGUGGCGGAAUCAAGUCAUAAGAAGUAAAGAGAUUUGGAUGGUUUCUCACUAAAUGGAAAUUAUAUAGAAAGCCUCUAAGACCACUGCAUCUCUCCACCCCCCCACUCCUGCUGCACCGAGACUGCACUCUUGGCCUUGGACGUUAUUAAAAUGCUGGAUUCAGUCAAGUGUGUUCUGGUGGGAGACUCUGCAGUUGGGAAAACAUCUCUCCUGGUACGUUUCACCUCUGAGACUUUUCCAGAUGACUACAGACCCACCGUCUAUGAAAAUACCGGAGUGGAUGUCUUCAUGGAUGGCGUACAGAUCAGCUUAGGUCUUUGGGACACAUCUGGAAGUGAUGCCUUUAAAGGCAUUCGCCCCCUCUCCUACCAACAGGCAGAUGUGGUAUUAAUGUGCUACUCGGUAGCAAACCAUAAUUCCUUUCUGAACCUGAGGAACAAAUGGAUCAGCGAGAUCCGCAGCCAUUUGCCCCGCAUCCCCGUUUUGGUGGUGGCCACUCAGACUGACCAGCGUGACAUGGGUCCCUACAGCUCCUCCUGCAUCAGCCCUAUAGAUGGCAAGCGGCUCGCCCAGGAUGUGCGAGCCAAGGGCUAUUUGGAGUGCUCUGCCCUCAGCAACAGGGGAGUGCAGCAGGUGUUUGAGUGCGCUGUGCGGACAGCGGUCAAUCAAGCCAAAAGGCAGAACAGGCGGAAGCUCUUCUCCAUUAAUGAGUGCAAGAUCUUUUGAGGACUGUUAGCAGUGGUUUUGCUCACAUUUGUUCUGUCUGUUUUCUCACAAAGAUGCUGCAGCAGAGAGAAUGGGAGAUGAAUCAACGGAGGGCUCCUGGCAGGACCACAGUGCAGGUGCCUCUUGUGGGACAGGUGUGCUCUUUAUCUGAGCUUCUUCCCUCCAAAACACGUGUGCUAUCUUGAAAAAUGAAAGGUGCAUACCCUUAUUCACAAGCCUGUGUUUGGACUUUGCAAGCCUGAGCUGUAGCAGGCCUAGACUGCAGAUGUGCAGAUAACAGCAGUACUGAAUUUGGUUUUGUUUCUGUCAAUGCUCCUCAGUUGUUGGUUUGUCUGCAUCUGCAUUUAUUUAAUGACAAAAUUCUGCCUGGAUCAGCCCCCACCUCUGUCCUUGUGGAUAUUUUUUUUUUUACUUAAGAAUGUAGUAUAUAGAACCUGACCAAUGUGUAUUUUAUUUAGAGGACUCUUGGAUAUAUUGUUGAAAAUCACAAAAGUUUGUUUUAAUAUUUUGGAGGUUGUCCCUUUAGCUAAUCACAGAAAUGAACUGUCCUAUCCAUGUAAUAAAUGGUCUGCAGGCAAGCCUUAGACAUGCCUGAGUCAUUGCAUAACAGUCAUCAGCAUGUCCAGCGUAGGCGUAAUCAAAACUUAGUGACAUUUGACAGCUGUCUCCUGCAGUUUUGUGAGAUUUGUUACCUUAAUAUUGUUCCUCAACGAUGUGGUCAAAGGUGGAAAACUAAUUUGAUUCUUCCUAGCCUUCACUGUCUUACAACCUCAGGGCUUGCAGACAGGGUUGGUUUAGACAUAUGCUUGGGCUGACAGGGAUGAAUCUGUGCUACCAUCACCUCUGUUGUCCCUGCUGUAAUUCUGGAGGCAAAAGAUUUCAGUCUCCAGAGAUGGAAGAUAUUUUUUCAUGAGCACUUACAUUCUCAUAUAUUUUUAGUACACUUUGUUUCAAAGCAGUGGUUUUAGUGGACCCAGUCACCUACAUUAGUAAAAGGUUGAGUAUGUAGCAAGGUUGAAUGGAUGCCUUUAGAAUGGCUUUUUUUUGAGUUUGCGUGCGAAGUAUAAUUGCCUAGGUCGUGUCCAAGUAAGACUGAAACAGGCAUUGCAUCCUGGGGAGCCUAUCAAGUCUAGGAGCCAAAUCCUGAUGUAUGUACUGGGGCCAAGUUACCCUCCUGCACAGAAAGGCUGGCUAAGGGAAUGGAAACUUCAGGCAUGUAAGAGAACUCUGCUAGAAGAUGAAGUGUGUUCAAGCCACAGUGGUGUACAUUCCUUGUAAAUUGUGGCAGUCCCCUCCUCCUCAUAUUAUCUGUCCUCUCUGUCCUGCAUCCCUCUCAGGUCUUGCAGAUCUGACUCAUCCCAAGAGAAUUUCUUAGUGCAGCAAGAUUUUCUUUGUCCCUUUUCCUGUCCUUCAGCUAGCUAGGAACUAACCUGUGAGGGACUUAUAGCAUGGUGCCAUAAAAGGUGGCACAUAGCACAGUGGGAUUAUCUCACCUGUGCUGUAGGUGAGCAAGGAUUUGCUCUGUGGGCAGUUUGAUUAGCAGUGGGACACAGAACACCUGGUGUUGUGAUUGUCCCACCAGCUUCUCGACUGUUGAAUAUUUACUGCUCAUCAACCUGAUUGUAAGGGAGACUUCUGAACAUAAAAACAUUCUGGUCUCAUCUGAGGUUUUUAUAUCAGCCUGAAAUCUUUACAAACUUCUGCCCCUGAGCACCCAAGACAGAGACUUCUGUUACCACCCAUCUUCCCUGAAUUCUUCUAUUUCCUACUUCUUUCUUCUCAAGUGUUGAUUUGUUACUGAAACACUAAAACUGACAUAUUUGUAAAAGAAUCUGAAUGGCAUUGUACUUGUGUAGAGUUAUGCAAGUGCCCAAGUAUUUGCAGUCCUCAGUUAAAAAUCUUUUGGCUUUUGGGAGAAAUAUUCUUCUACAUGUCAACUCUUGCAACACCUCUCCACUGGAAGUCUUAGGUUUUGUAACUCUAAUUUAAAAGUAGCCAUUGUUACAUUGUUACAAAAGUAGCCAUUGUUGUUUGAACAUUAAAGGUUGCAUGAAAAAUGUCGUGUUAUGAAUUUUCAAAUCUGUUACAACUGGGGACAUUUUUGUUAUGUUCCCUACUCCACUAAUGGAUUUAAUACCUAGUUUCGACUAUUUUUACGACAUAUUUUUUCCAGAUGCUCUAUUCAAUUGUCUUUUCUUUUUUUCCUGAAUGGGUUAAAGUCUGUUUACAACAGUUCAUGCAGUUUUUAUAUGCUGAAGAGCAGUAAUCACCAGUUGAGAAUGCUGUGUUGUGUUAUCUACUGCAAAGUCCCACAUUCGGGCACCAAAAGGCUCCACAGAAUUGUUAGCACAGACAAAGCCAGACAAAGUUGUAACUGAAGAUCUCAUCUCAUCUCAUCUAUAUUAGCUUCACAAAACUUGUUAUGGUGUGUUACAAAAUUAAGAAAUCUAUGUCUGUUGCAAUUCAGUGAAGCCAGGUGGAUAGGCUUCCUUAAGAUGCCUGGACUGACUGUACAGGAUACACAGGAAAUUUAGGGAUGGCUUGAUAUACUCUUGAUUGUGCAUUUUAGAGCCAGUGCAAAGUGUGAGGCCACUGGAAGCCAGCUGAAUUUUAAAAUCAAUUUGGAAAGAGUAUAUAAAGUAAUGGGGGUUUUGGUUUUGUGCUCUGUGAAAAAAAAAACAGUUCAAAUUUUCACAGCCUGGUUAUUUUCAGACUCUCAAAGCUAAAAGGCACUUUUCACUGGGAGCAAACUGUGAAGCACAUAUAUUUUAGUGCCUGUAAUUAUGUGGUUUUCCCUGAGCUAUAGAACCGAUGUGCUCAAAAAGUGUGGCAGCCCCAAAACAGAGGCUGAAAUCUAGACACAGCAGAACUCAGCCGAAG